AUGGAGUCGUUCUCUGCGUCCUUGUCCUCGUCUUCGUCAAUGCCGUCACCACUGCUGCGUAGUGCAAGUGGCAUGGAAAGCCCGGACAUCUGCGAGCCUCCGCAGGAUGAGGAGGAGUUUUCUUUCCGAUAUCCAAGUUAUAUGUUCCCGGACGUGGAGUACGACAAGGAGGACGUCCCGUUGCCCUUCAAGGUUACACCGGACUCCCUCUUCAAUCUUUGUGCCGCCGUCGUGGAUUCCCAAGCGCGCACUGAGGUCUUUAAGUGGAGUAUCAACGACGUGACCGACUGGCUUCGGAACUUUGGAUAUCCCGAGUAUGAGCAAACUUUUCGUGAAAACUAUAUUGACGGUCACAAGCUCCUCAAUUUGGAUGCCGUGUCCCUAGUGGCCCUGAACAUUCGUAAUUUCGAGCACAUUCGUCACCUUGGUCGCGGGAUUCGAGCGCUCUACCGCAAGGAGCUCCAGACGGCAACAGAGACUAAGGAGCAAAGCGAGGUCUACAAGACGUUUCGUGCCCGCACUGGGCGGAGGUACGAGGGAUUGCGGGAGACGGAGCUACUAGGCCGCAUGCACAUGAUUCGCUCGGUGUUCCGCGACGUCAACGACUGGGAUCUGAUGGAACUGCACAUGUCCAGGACUCCAGUGAGGCGGUACCGUGAGAUCGUCGCCGGGUCCAGGCGCUACAAUCUUUACGGGCCAUCCACUGCCCGCAGGGAACCCAUAAUAACGGAUGAUGUGAAUUACUCUCCAUGGUUUCAUUUUGGCGACUGCUACUAGUUCUCUCUGGGACCGCGG